CAGAAAGGCAGAGGUCCAAAGAUUAAUUACAAUCUUCCUGAGCUUCCUGUCACCUGUAGGAAGGCAAAAGGCACUUUACACAAGGAAAAAAUGAAGAAUGGGUCCUCUGAGAAGUGCAUCGAGAUGGCAGACGGGAGGUGGCUCACCCCGAGGAGUUUGAAAUCGAAGGCGGCCGCGAACUUACCAAGAAUUGGAAGAAGAGCAUUUGCUGCGGCUGGCACACGCUGCACUACCUCAUCCUGAAAAAAAUUCUACCUUGUCCUCCUAGAAGAUACGGCAGGACCACAAAGGACUUCGCUACCCAUCAAACGAGAAGACAGCCAAAAGUCCAGAAAAGGACACCUGAGUGUCAGGCUCCACUUGCUCAGAAUGCAUCUCUACCUCAGCCUAAAAGAAGGUGCUUCCAGAGAAGGAAGGUACCAGGAAGGACUUGUCUGAGCAGGUCCCAGUUACCAGGGAGAAGACAAGUAGUUUCGCUGGCCAACCGACCAAAGUAUCGUGCCCAACUCCAAGCCAGGGAAUGGAUUCACGUGGCAUGCAGAAUGGGCACUGGGCGCCUGUACAAGAACCGAUUUGCCACAGUCUAUCAGGGGAAAUGCAUCCUAACAGAGUCAGGGUGGUACACCCCACUAGAAUUUUUGGCCAAAGACCCUGAGAUCGAUAUUACCACCUGGACCCACAGCAUCCGCAGUGGUGGACUGACCCUGCAGACCCUGAUUGAGAAUGACAUUUUGAAGCUUCACACAAGCGACUGCUCCUGUAUCAUCUGCCAUGAGGAGGACCCCUUCCCAGAGAAUAAUGAUGAGUGUUUCAUGUGCGUAGAUGGAGGCAAGCUAUUCUGCUGUGACUCCUGUCCCAAAUCCUUCCACAAGGACUGCCAUAUCCCCAGUGUUUCACCGGAGAGUGCAGAGUGGAACUGCACCUUCUGCAUCAUAAGGAAGAAUAAGGAGAAGGAAGACCCAGAAAACAGCCACUGCUGGCAGGAGUUUGAGGUUCUAAAGCAGCGGAUGUACCCCGUGCAGCAGCUGAAAUGUGAGUAUCUCCUGAUGAGAAUGUACUGCUGCUCGGAGAGCUUCCUGUUUAUUAAAGAUCCAUGCCGUUAUAAGGUAUAUUCCCAGCGUGUCAGAGAACCCAUGUGGCUGGACCAGGUGAAGGAGCGUCUGAGUGAUGAAACUUACAACACAGUGGAGGGCUUUGUCCUGGAUAUGCGCCUGAUUUUUUACAACUGCAAGAAAUUUAACAAGGACAACCAGUUUGGUCAUCUGGGAGCAAAGUUGGAGGCAAAGUUUGAGAGGGAUUUCAAAGAGGUCUUUGAUAUUAAGGAAGCAGAUGAAGUGGACCAACCAAUCUUUCCAUGACUCCCUCCCUGGAGGGAGGGUCUUCAUUCAGAUCCUCAUUGUUACAAACCCGUCCAGUCCCACAUGCUACUUCCUCCUUGGUCAGGACUGGGAAAUUCUGGAUUUGUCUCCAGUCCUCCAUGCCAGAGGCUGCAAGACUGAUCUCUUCCCUGGCCUUCCCCAUUCUGGCAUGAGGAAGCUAUCCUCUGCUCUGUGCACACUUUCUGUUUCAAUUCAAGACUUUUCUGGCUGGGUCUACAAGCAGUUAUCAGGUUACUGUGACACGUUCAAUAUUCCCAAUUAAACAUUUCCCCUGCAGAGUUUACAACA